AUGUCCUGUCAGAAUGAGAGACUUGUUGGGAUUGAUGCGACUACAAGCGCUAUUAAGACUGCGACCUCUGAAGUCAUCAGCUCUGGAAAUACGACCAGCGCUGAAGGUUCUGCGACAACAGAGACCACUGAAACUACCUUUGAAAGCAUCGCUACGUCAAGCAAUGUCGCUCAGACCCAAUCUGUCGGGCCAGUUUCGCAAACGACUCAUUCCGGGGCAUCUACGGCAGCUUCUUCCAGCGCGGUCGAGUCCACUACCUCGGUCCUUUCAACGACCACUAUCGUCCUAUCAGAUGCUUCUACACAGUCCCAAGCCUCAUCUUCUAUUCUUGGUGAAUCCACCACCGACGAGGUGUUCUCAACCACUGCGCCUUCGCUCGUAAGCACAUCAACUCAGGCAGAAGAGUCAACUUCAAUCGAGCCAUCAUCACAGGCUUCAUCGGAGACCACUGAGUCUGGUACAACAAGCUCCGAAGAAAGUACCUCUGAUGUCGCGCUUGAAACUACAACUGAGGCAAGGACAUCUACUAUAGAGACUACUGCCCUGGACGAGACCACCACUGAGGACGAAACGACUACAGAGGCUGCUACUGAGAGUGAAACCACGACCACUGAGUCUUCUGCUCCUAGCGAGAAUACAUCUACCACCGAUGAUACGACUGUAGACAGCUCGACAGCAGGUACGACUGCUGAAGAGUCUACCAGUGAAGCAUCUACUACUGCUGAAGAGACGACCACUGCAGAAUCCGCCACUGCAGAGUCCACCACUGCACAGUCAACCACUGCACAGUCAACCACCGAAGAGCCUACAACCAUAGAGUCAACAACCGACAUCCCAAAGACAACAACAACUUCCACAGCCACCACAACAACCGCCGCCCUAGCCUGCACCAACCUCCCCGAUCCCUACAUGGACUCAACCGACACAAUAUACGCACUCCUAUGCAACACCGACGUAAACGGCUACACAUCGAUAGACGAAUUCACCGCGGCCAGUUUCGUAGCCUGCAUAGAAGCAUGCUCCGUGUACGUGGGGUGCGCGGGCAUAGAGUUCUUGAAGAGCAUGGGGUAUUGUACUUUGUUCAAUUCUUCGACCGGGUCGUCUGCUACUACUGAUUAUGACAUUGCUCUUGUGGCGCCUCGAGGGAGGGAUGAUUGA